GUCGCCGCCCCUUCCUCCGUCGCGGGGAUCGCCUGGAGAUUCACUGCCCCGUCAUCUCCGUCGCCGCCCCCUCCCUUCCGUCACGGGGAUCACCAGGGGAGUCACGGGCCCAUCCCCUCGGUAGCGGGAAUCGGCCGGAGCGUCGCUGGGAUCACCGGGAGCAUCGCUUCUGUGGAUGUCGGAAGAUAUGGCUGAUAUGAGCGAGGAUUGUAAAGAGUACCAUGAGAUCGUUAUCAAGACGUUUGUUCGCGAGGAAGACGGAUUCAAUUUCUACAACAGUUAUGCUCUUGAGAAAGGAUUUAGCAUGCGGAGAAGCUACGUUGAGUGGAAUGAAGCCAACAAGGAGAUAAUUUUGAGGAAAUUUGUGUGUAGUCGCGAAGGUUGUCGUGAAGAGAAGCACAUGAAGAGGAAGAGAGCAGAUAUGAAGAGUCCUCCAGGCAGCAAGUCCACUGACAGGUACAAUGCGUGUAGUAGUCGAUCAAGAAGCAGCGAGGAGGAUGUUUCAUAGUACAGAUCGAGGAAGAUAAGUCGCAGUAGUCGUGAUUCGUGAUUGAGGCAGCUGAAUAUCUGGGCAUCUGGCCAGUAGCAACUCUGGGUUUUGGACGAUCGAAUGCCGUACAGAUGGCACUACCUAAUGUAGUAGUCAAUUAGCAGAUAUUACUUACACUCUUAACACAUAAGUAUGGAUCAAGGAGUUGUUUUCUUCAAUCGCAUUUUUGGCUAUGCCAGUACUACCA